GAGUUUUUCUUCUAAACUGCAAAAAACCACGAGUCGCAUUCAAAAAUUUUUAAGAUUAUUUAUCAAUUAAUUUAGAAAAUACGAAGGAAAACAUUUUCUCCAACUGCAUAAAACUUACAAUAAAUUUAAAACCAUUUUCGUUUUUUUAUUAUUUACCCUAUAAGGAAUAUUUCUAAAGUAUUAAAACAACAGUAAUAGUUGAUACGCGAAUAUCAAUAAAAAAUAAAAAAAAAGGAAAAAAAAAAUAAAAAACAACAAUUGCAAUUGUGUUGCAGUCAAUAGCAGCGCAGACUCGCCAACAACAAAAAAGCACGAGGUUUUCAAACAGAAAUAAUUAGUAAAAUAUAUACGAAAAAUAAAUACGAAGGAACAUAUAGUUUUAAUAACAGUUACUAACUAAAAUGGUGCCUAUAGGACCCGUGCAUGCCGGCCACCCCGGUGUGCAUGCUCCCCAAGCGAUACCGUCGGCACCAACUGGACCGAACACGUUGCAAAGUUCUUCAUCAAGCAAUGCACCAACAUCCAAUAAAAGUUCAAUGUCGGUGAAACCCAAUUAUACGUUGAAGUUUACUUUGGCCGGCCAUACAAAAGCAGUGUCAGCCGUUAAAUUCAGCCCCAAUGGUGAAUGGUUGGCUAGCUCAUCGGCCGAUAAACUCAUUAAAAUCUGGGGAGCUUACGACGGAAAAUUUGAGAAAACCAUCUCCGGCCAUAAAUUGGGCAUAUCUGAUGUAGCUUGGUCUUCCGAUUCUAGAUUAUUGGUGAGCGGUAGUGAUGAUAAAACACUAAAAGUGUGGGAGUUAAGCUCUGGCAAGUGUCUAAAGACUUUGAAAGGACACUCUAACUACGUCUUUUGCUGUAAUUUCAAUCCCCAGUCAAACCUCAUCGUUUCCGGCAGCUUUGAUGAAUCGGUACGCAUUUGGGAUGUGCGCACCGGUAAAUGUCUGAAAACUUUACCCGCCCAUUCCGAUCCCGUAUCAGCGGUACACUUUAAUCGUGAUGGCUCGUUAAUUGUAAGCUCGAGCUAUGACGGCCUGUGUCGCAUUUGGGAUACGGCCAGUGGUCAAUGCUUGAAAACUCUAAUAGACGAUGACAAUCCGCCGGUGAGUUUUGUAAAAUUUUCACCUAACGGUAAAUACAUAUUGGCCGCAACUCUCGAUAAUACCUUAAAAUUGUGGGACUAUUCGAAAGGAAAAUGCCUGAAAACGUACACUGGCCAUAAAAACGAGAAAUAUUGCAUAUUCGCCAAUUUCUCAGUAACCGGCGGAAAGUGGAUUGUUUCAGGAAGUGAAGAUAAUAUGGUUUAUAUAUGGAAUUUGCAAAGCAAAGAAGUAGUACAAAAAUUACAAGGCCAUACUGAUACGGUAUUAUGUACAGCCUGCCAUCCCACUGAAAAUAUUAUCGCUUCGGCCGCUUUAGAGAACGAUAAAACCAUUAAAUUAUGGAAGAGCGAUACAUAACUUUCUCAACAGCGAUCAAAGGCAAACGUCAUCUUUCUACAGAUAUAUAUA